AUGAUGUCAGCUGUCAAUCAUACCAAACUCAACUCUUCAGUGUUCCUUCUCACUGGGAUACCUGGGAAGGAAGACGUCCAUCUCUGGAUCUCUAUCCCUUUCUGCUUCAUGUAUGCUAUCUCAAUAGUAGGAAAUUCAGCCAUUUUGUUCAUUAUAAAAACAGACUCAAGCCUCCAUGAACCCAUGUACAUUUUCCUUUCCAUGUUGGCCAUCACAGACAUUGGUUUAUCAAUAGCCACCGUGCCAACAACACUGGGUAUAUUCUUGUUUAACUACAGGGAAAUCAGCCUCCAUGCCUGUUUUUCCCAGUUGUUCUUCAUACACUCUUUUGAGACCAUUGAAUCUUCCAUGCUCCUGAUGAUGGCCUUUGACCGCUUCAUCGCGAUCCGUGACCCACUGAGAUACACGUCCAUCUUAACCCUGCCGAGAAUACCCAAGAUGGGUCUGGUGUGUGUGAUAAGAGGGGUGGCCAUAAUCACCCCACUCCCCUUUCUCCUGAAUCGGUUCCCAUACUGUCGAGACAAUGUCCUCUCCCAUUCCUACUGCCUGUACCAGGACGUCAUGAAGUUAGCUUGUUCGGACAUCACCGUUAACAGCCUCUAUGGCUUGUUUGCGAAACUCGUUACAAUGGGGUUGGACUCAGUGUUCAUCCUUCUGUCCUAUAUGAUAAUUCUCAACACAGUGCUGAGUAUCACAUCCUGCACACAGGUCUUGAGGGCCCUGAACACCUGCGUUUCCCAUGUCUGUGCCGUCCUGCUCUUCUACACACCACAGAUUGGCUUAUCUCUGAUACACAGAUUUGGGAAGGGCUCUUCUCCCUUGCUUCAGAUUCUCCUGGGCAACAUGUCCUUGCUGGUCCCCCCCCUGAUGAACCCAGUCGUGUACAGUGUGAAAAGCAAACACCUGCGUGCCAAGAUAUUCGACAUGUUCAUCAAGUGA